GGCGUGGCGUCACCAUAUGUGGGCGGGCCUUACAAAUCGAACAGGAAAGUGAGUCGCUACUUCCUCGGCGUUCAGCGAAACGAUGGCAGCGAUCCGUAAGAAGCUGGUAAUCGUCGGGGACGGCGCUUGUGGAAAGACCUGCUUGCUGAUCGUCUUCAGUAAAGACCAGUUCCCUGAGGUCUACGUCCCAACUGUGUUUGAGAAUUAUGUCGCAGACAUCGAAGUGGAUGGAAAGCAGGUAGAGCUGGCUUUGUGGGAUACCGCCGGUCAGGAGGAUUACGACCGUCUGAGGCCGCUCUCGUACCCGGACACAGACGUCAUCCUCAUGUGCUUUUCUAUAGACAGCCCUGACAGCUUGGAGAAUAUUCCGGAGAAGUGGACGCCAGAAGUGAAGCAUUUCUGCCCGAAUGUUCCCAUCAUCCUCGUGGGGAACAAGAAGGACCUAAGAAACGACGAGCACACUCGACGAGAGCUGUCCAAAAUGAAACAGGAGCCUGUAAAGCCAGAAGAAGGUCGCGACAUGGCGAACCGGAUCAACGCUUUCGGCUAUUUAGAAUGCUCAGCAAAGACGAAAGACGGUGUGAGGGAUGUAUUCGAGAUGGCCACCAGGGCGGCACUGCAGGCUAAGAAGCGCAACAAAAAGGGCGGCUGUCUGUUACUAUAGACAUCAAACUGAUUUAUGGGCUGGUCUGAGAAUCUUUAAGUCUGCCAUCGUGAAACAGGGAGGGAGGGCGGGGUUUAAUUCCCAUGAUACUGAUACGGCUAAUCAAAAGCAGGGAUUUGAAGAAACUGUGAUAAGGACGUCUGGAACAGCUUAGCGAUUUGGAUAACGGCAUCAUUUUGUCAUAAAGCCCAGAAUAGAGCCUGUUCCGAUAAUGGUUUUAAUACACCCUUGUCCACUUUCCCUUGGUUUUACUCACUUGGGCACUGCUGCAUCAUCAACAUGGUGGACAAUACAAGCCAUGAGAAACCGGUUUGUGGGAUGGUUUGUGGCUCAACAUCUAGAUUUUUUUUAUUUUUUAACUAAUAAUUAGCGUACUAGCUAGUUUACAAGCCAGUAAGACUCUAUAUUUAAGGGGAAGUGAACAACGGUGUGAGAAAAACAGCGCAGGGUCAUUUUAUGACUUCCUCUGAGCAUUCGAGGUUAGGGUUUUUUAAAAGGAAUCAGUCACUAUGACCUUUUUUUUUUUCCCCUCACUGGUUUUUGUCCUGAUCUCUGUCUUCACUGACCGUGUUAAACUGACUGUACGUAUGUUUGUAUAUGUGUGUACAUGAAUGCAUGCGCAUCUUUCUUUGUAAAUGAGUAUAUUUAGAGUGCUUUUUUUUCACCCUCUGUUUCCUUUAUUUCCAAACCUGGUGUCUUAUAGGAUUCUGGGCUGUACAUUAGUGACCUGAUCCAUUUGGAAUUUGGUUUCAUGUUAUUUAAAAGCAUACGGUUUUUUAAACAUUUAGAAAAUAAAAAAAUAAUAAUUGAAAAAAA